UCGUCAUAUGUCUGAGACGACGAAUGUGACGCCAUCAAGUAGCGCCCGGGUCUGUUUCGUAAAAUGUGUGAUCACUACCAUCCCAAGAUUAGUUUCUAAGUAGAUUUAUUAGCGGAAAUGUCAGUUUUUCAUGACGAAGUGGAGAUCGAAGAUUUCGAAUACGACGAAGACACUGAAAUAUAUUAUUUUCCGUGUCCAUGUGGAGACAAAUUCGCCAUAAGCAAAGAAGAGCUGGAAAAUGGCGAGGACGUGGCCACGUGCCCGAGCUGCUCGCUCAUUGUCAAAGUCAUUUAUGACAAGGAGUCUUUCAUGUCGGGGGAAAUCAUUGAAGCCCCAUCUGAAAGCAAACUGGCACUGGUUUCCACCUGACCUGGAUUGAUCUUCAAGACUGUUAAUUUGAUGUAAUAAUAAUAAUUAUUGUGAUCAUUUGUGGAUAGGCCAUGCAAUCAAUUGAAAAAACUGACUGCCCCAAAUCACAGCAAUUUGCAAAGCAGAAAUUGAUGUUUCCUUUUUGUUUUGUACUUGCUUGUUUUGGCUUUAAUGUUCACUUACAUGUAAAUAUACUGAAUCUCGUUAUUUGUGUGCACCUUUUAAAGAAAUUUCCACACCA